AUGAAAAUAGAGAAGACACCAUUUAAAUAUUUGGAAGAUGGAAUGAAUUUGAACUGGAAAGAGGUGUUCUCCUUUUGUCAAGAAACUCACACAAGGAAUGAACCAUUUACAUUUUUGGAGUGUGAAAAGAGCUUCAGUCAGAAGGGAGACCUUGUUUGUCAUCAGGCAACUCACACAGGAGAGAGGCCAUUUAAAUGCUCAUACUGUGGAAAGAGCUUCAGUCAAAAGGCAGUACUUGUCCGUCAUUGGGCAACUCACACAGGAGAGAAACCAUUUAUAUGCUUUGAUUGUGGAAGGUGCUUCAGUCAGAAAGGAACCCUUUUUCGUCAUCGGGCAACUCACACAGGAGAGAGACCUUUUAAAUGCUUGCAGUGUGAAAAGAGCUUCAGUCAAAAGAGAAACCUUAUUCGUCAUCAAGCAACUCACACAGGAGAGAGGCCAUUUAAAUGUUCAGACUGUGGAAAGAGCUUCAGUCAGAAGAUAAUCCUUGUUCGUCAUCAGGCAAGUCACACAGGAGAGAAGCCAUUCAAAUGUUUGGAGUGUGGAAAGAGCUUCAGUCACAAGAGAAACCUUGUUCGUCAUCAGGCAACUCACACAGGAGAAAAGCCAUUUAAGUGCUUGAAGUGUGAAAAGAGCUUCAGUCAAAAGAGAAACCUUAUUCGUCACCAGGCAACUCACACAGGAGAGAAGCCAUUUAAAUGUUUGGAGUGUGGCAAAAGUUUCUGUCAGAAGAUAGUCCUUGUUCGUCAUCAGGCAAGUCAUACAGGAGAGAAGCCAUUUAAAUGCUUGGAAUGUGGAAAGACCUUCUGUCAGAAGGGAGUUCUUGUUCGUCAUCAUGCAAUUCACACAGGAGAAAAACCAUAUGAAUGUUCAGAGUGUGGAAAGAGCUUCCUUCAAAAGACAGAACUUGUUUGUCAUGAGGCAACUCACAGAAGAGAUAAACCAUUUAAAUGCUUGGAAUGUGGAAAGUGCUUCAGUCAGAAGAGAGUCCUUGUUCGUCAUCAGGCAACUCACACAGGAGAAAAGCCAUUUAAAUGCUUGGAAUGUGGAAAGACCUUCUGUCAGAAGGCAGUUCUUGUUCGUCAUAAUGCAAUUCACACAGGAAAAAAACCAUAUGAAUGUUCAGAGUGUGGAAAGAGCUUCUGUCAAAAGACAGAACUUGUUCGUCAUCAGGCAACUCACACAGGAGAAAAACCAUUUAAAUGUGCAGAUUGUGGAAAGAGCUUCAGCCAGAAGUCACACCUUGUUUUUCAUCAAUUAGUUCACACAGGAGAGACACCAUUUAAAUGCUCAGAGUGUGAAAAGAGCUUCUGUCAGAAGAAAGACCUUGUUUGCCAUCAGAAAACUCACACGGGAGAGAGACCAUUUAAAUGCCUAGAGUGUGGAAAGAGCUUCAGUCAAAAGGGAGAUCUCCUUCGCCACCAAAAAACACACACAGGUGAGAGACCAUUUAAAUGCUCAGAGUGUGAAAAGAGCUUCAGUCAGAAAUCAAACCUUGUUCGUCAUCAGGGAACUCACAUAGGAGAGAAACCAUUUAAAUGCCCAGAGUGUAGAAGGAGCUUCAGUCAGAAGACAGACCUUGUUCGCCACCAGAAAACUCACACAGAGACACCAUUCAGAUGCUUAGAGUGUGGAAAAGGCUUCAAACAGAAGAUAGUCCUUGCUCGUCAUCAGGCCACUCACACAGGAGAAAAACCAUUUAAAUGCGCAAAGUGUGGAAAGAGCUUCUGUCAGAAGGGAGUCCUUGUUCGUCAUCAGGCAACACACACAGGAGAGAGACCAUUUAAAUGCUCAGUCUGUGGAAAGAGCUUCUUUCAAAAGACAGAGCUUGUUUACCAUGAGAAAACUCACACAGGCGAGAAGCCAUUUAAAUGCUCAGACUGUGGAAAGAGCUUCAUUCAGAAAGCAGUCCUUGUUCGUCAUUGGGCAACUCACACAGGAGAGAAACCAUUUAUAUGCUUUGAUUGUGGAAAGAGCUUCAGUCAGAAGGGAACCCUUCUUCGUCAUUGGACCACUCACACGGGAGAAAGACCAUUUAAAUGCUCAGAGUGUGGAAAGAGCUUCAGUCAGAAGGGAACCCUUCUUCGUCAUCAGGCAACUCACACAGGAGAAAAAAACAUUUAAAUACUUUGAUUCUGGAAAGAGCUUCAGUCGAAAUACGAACACUCUUUUUUUAAAAAGUCAACCCAUACAGGAGAAAAGCCAUUUAAAUGCUCAGUGUGAAAACAGCUUCAGACAGAAGGGAACCCUUGUUUGUUUUUCUCACACAGGAGAAAAACCAGAGUGUGGAAAGAGCACCAGUCAAAAUACACACCUUUUUAAAUAGUCAAACCACACAGGGAAGAAAAGAUUUAUUUGCUUGGAGUGUGAAAAGCGCUUUAGUCAGAAGAUAAAUUUUACAAAGCACCAAAGCUGUCACAUUGGGGACAAGCCACUUAAAUGCUUGGAGUUUGGAAAGCUUUCAGUUGAUAAAACCUUAAUUCAUCAUGAAACAAUGUACACAGGGGAGAGACCAUUUAUAUGCUUGCAGUGUGGAAAGAGGGUCUAUCUUAAGAGCAGUGUCAGUCAUCAUCCGGUAACUCACAUAUGAAAGGAACUGUUUAUUUAAGCUGUGAGAAGCUUCAGUCUCAAGAAAUACUUCAAAUUUCUUCAUGCCGUUCACACAUUGAAAUGAUUAGUAUAGGAAGAGCUUCUGUCAAAAGAUUAAUUUCACUUCACACCAACUGUCCAGUGCAGAGGAACAAUUACUUAAUUGUGUUGUCGAAGGCUUUCAUGGCCAGAAUCACUGGGUUGUUGUGAGUUUUUCGGGUUGUAUGGCCAUGUUCCAGAAGCAUUCUCUCCUAUGUUUUGCUCACAUCUGUGGCAGGCGUCCUCAGAGGUUGUAAGGCACCUCACAACCUCUGAGGAUGCCUGCCACAGAUGUGGGCGAAACAUCAGGAGUGAAUGCUUCUGGAACAUGGCCAUAUAACCCGAAAACUCACAGCAACUCAAUUACUUAAUUCUUCAGAGUGCUGGUAGAACUGGGGUAAGGCAAGUUCCCUUGUUUUACAUUAGAGAGAACAUGAAUCUUUGUCAUAGAAACACUGAGUUAAAAAGCUGUAGCUUUUGGGGAAAAUAAUAACAUGAUAAAUUUUCUUUUAUGAAAUAUCUCAUUAAGCAUAACUGUUAAUAUUUUGAGAGCCAAUGACUCUUUAUGGUUUUUAAAUCUAUUCAUACAUACUGGUUACUGCAAAUAUUUCCUGACAUGUGUACUCAGGGAUAAAAAUACAUUUAAUUGAGAAGUUUGAUGAGUAGUGUAGGAAUGGGUUUGAGUAAUGACUAACACCCCUGUGUAUCAUGUAAUUCUAUGUAUGUAGUAGUGGGUUUUCUUUUAUGAAAUAUCUAAUAAAGCAGAACUGAUAAA